AUGACUCCAGACCUUCAAAUGUUUCGACAUGGAUUUUUCCCCGCUUCAUUUAACAAGCCGAAGACUUUGUUCACCUUCAGGGUGCUCGAUGAUUUUCUAUUGGACAACCUUGAAUGUGGGACCUUGGCGAUGAACUAUUACAGCAAGCUCCGGCAAAUGACCUCCAACAUGUUUCCACACCUUGUACCGGUAAUGCUAUAUCACUCAUCUAAAGGACAUUAUAUUGACAAAGCAUGUGGCAAGGACCGAUACCGAGAGCUCAUGAGAGUCACCCGACAGUGGAGGCAGUUGAAGGCCAUGAAAUGGCAUGGAUUUGGCCAUCGUUCUGACAACCCGAAUGCAGGUGAUCUCGCAUUAUUUUGCCCUGCUUGUCCUCAGCCAGGGAUCAAUGUAUCCUUGUCAGGGGAUGAAUCACUUGAUGAGUGGAAAUACACCCGGUCAUUUGUUAUGGACGGAAAUUUCAAAGCCAAACACCUGCAUCCCAUGAAGCCAUUUGAUGAAGUUUGGCUGUCAGAUGGGUUGGGAUUCAUGGUGGGAAAGGACAGGUAUAAAAAGCAUCUUGCAGAGGCUGCCGACACUUUAGAAAAAUCGAGCUGCAGCAAUCACCGGGCAGUAAAUCAAGCAAAUGCGGCUCGGCACAAGCUGGAAUCCACGGGCAUCGGGGGAGUAGCCUGUGCUUGA